CAACUCCCCCAUCAUCUCCAAUGUCUCUGCAUAUUGACGAGCUUGAAGAUUUCGAUCCCAUACCUGUAAACCGUUCUGUAAAAUUUGAUAAUUACAAUGAUUCUCCACCAUCAUCAACUGCAUCACUGUCCACGUUGCCAGAUGCAUUCUCGGAGUCAAAUUUGCUGAGUCAAAAUCGGAUUAAUUCGUUACCAUCAAUAUCCAUCGGUAAUAAUUCAUCAAAUGAAUUUAGACGUAAUAAUCGAGGGUCCGGUGUAAGUCGAGAUGUUCUAGAUCUACUAUCAGAUUCAAUUUCUGUUAACACUUCAUCCGACCGUAAAGAAAAUGAUUCGGUCUCUGAUGAUCUCAUUCAACUGCAUGACAGGGAUUUUGAAUCAACGGAUGGCUAUUUAAAUUUUAAUGAAAUUAACUUUAGUAACACAAAUAAACCACAACCACCUCAAAUAAGUCUGCAGAAAUCAAAAUCUAUAGAAAUUGAACGCGAUAUAUUUAAUAUCGAGGCUGAAGAUAUUCUUACAUCGCCAUCAGUAGUUUUACAGACAACGAUAGUCUCACAAAAAACUCAUCAAGGUCUUAAAGCAGACGAACAGCAUCAGAUUCAAAUUCCCGGUUUACAGCAAACGUAUAUCUCACAAAGAACUCAGAAAAGUCCUCAAAUAAAUCAACAAAAUCAAGCGCAAAAAGAAUUAAUAAAGAUCGACGUAGCCCAUUGUCAAUUUAAAUAUCGAGGGACAUCCCCGCAUUCUUUAAAUUCACGAUUUCCUGGUGAUUUGGCAUUCUUAUACAAAAGUCGCGAUAAUUAUGAGGGAGGAGGAGAAAUCUCGAUUUGUAUUGAACGAAUGUCUAUUGAAGCGUUGAUUCCUAUAAAUCAGUUAUGCGGAUUCAAGAUUACAGGAGGUGGAAAAAUUAAUUUAAAGUUCAACCGAAAUUUUCAAGUGAAAUUUCUUAGACAUCUGGGUGGAUAUCCAUAUUUAUUGGAGCCCACAAUACUUGAAGAGGAUCCGACAGGAAUAUUUGACAAUCUAUUGUCGGUAGUUUUGGCAUCCUAUGGUUCGGUUGAACUGUCAAAGCUAUCCGCUAUCGAGAAAAAUAUUGAGACUGAAUGGUUUCACAAGUGCAAGGUUUGUAAUGAAGUUGAUAGGGUUGAUGGACAAAAGGAAAAUCUCAAAACGAGAUUUGAUCUUAAAUCUUCAAAGUUGAACCUCAAAUAUAAAAACAGAAAUGGAGAAUUGAUUGAUCUGAAAGAUGAAGACAGCUGGGAGUUGGCGAAGAAUGAGGCUUACGGGAAGAAUUUAGUGAGAUUGGAAAUUCAUAUUUGGUAA